AAAACAGGAGACUCCAUUGCUUUUGUCUUUAGGUUACUUUAAGAAACUUGAACUGUUUUAUCUUCUAUAUCUGUAUGUUGGAAGGGAAAUCAGGAGAAGGAAAGAAGCAGCCAAAGAGAUUGUGGGUGGGGAGGUGUCUGUUCUGACCAAUAAAGAAAAAGCCUGCAAUUACAACACACUAGAGCCUCAAAAUGCUGCUUAUUAGAGAAACCAUUCAUAAAACCAAGCUCUGCUUCUACAAAACCCUUCAAAACCUCAAGUCUUUCUGCUAUGGGAAGUGCCAAAAGCUUCCCAAACUCCAUUCCUUCAAUCCCUUCUCUUGCAGCGGCAGCGGCCGUGGCAGCCGAAAAGAGUAUCAAAUAGAUCAAUUCUACAUCAAGUUUUGUGACGAAUGGGAGGCCAGUCUAGACAAGGCGAAGGAGAGUUACAAUACUAGUCUAAUGGCCUCAAAAGAGCACAGGAAGGAAGAAGCAGCAGAAGAUGCAUGUCGUGGAAGCUUCAUAAAGUUUGCAAGGCAAAGUCCUGUGAAGGUGGAAGAAGAACAGAAGAAGAAAGAAAGUACCCAAAUAGGAAAAGAAGAGUCAUGCUCAAAGAACACCAAUGAAGGGGGCCUUGUGUUGGCACAAAAGAUGAAGGAUAUGGAGAUGAUUGACACAGAUGAUGUGGAACAUGUGUUGGAUGUUGAAGAGGCUCUGCACUACUAUUCUCGCCUUACAAGCCCACUCUACCUAGACAUUGUCGACAAGUUUUUCACAGACAUGUACACAGAGUUCUCUGUCCCACAAGUCUCCAACAGCAUCGACACUUCCAAGAGAAGAUUUGGUUCCAUCAGGUUGUAGAUGGCCAUGUUCAUUAAAAUCUGUUCUUUUCUCUUUUUAAUUUCAUUUCCUCUGCUUUUGUGCAUUUGGUUUUGGUUUCAAGCUUUGUAUACCCUCCUGAAAUCUCAGUCAAUUUCAUGAAGUUAUUCCAACC